AUGGAGGAAACAAUAGCCGAAUUACGACGUCAGAUUGAAGAACGACAAAGGCUGCGAGAAGCGGCAGAGCGCCGUGAGGAGGAGGAGAGAAAGGCGCGAGAAGACGCUGAACGUCGAGUGCAACCCAACUCCCUGUUUCGCCUCCUCGAUCGCUGCCACAGGCGACGCGGCGAUCCAGUGAACCGACUCUACCCCAAGCACAUCGUCCCUUGGCGUGACUUCCCCCAACUACAGGAACUGAUCUGGGACAAAUUCGACCGUAAUAAUGCCUUUACCACGCGCCCACUAUUCCCCUCUGAUACCCAAAUCGAUUAUGUCGUCACGAAUAUCCAGAACAGACCAAUCUUUUCGGAAGCGUCUCUUCGGAAUUUUGAGCGAGACACGGUGGACAACUUUGUUGAAAAGGUCAUUGAGGUUUUGCGAGACGAUGAACCCCUUCGAGAUGAGUUUGGAAUCCAAGGCCGAGUCACCUUCUAUGAUCGCGCAAACCCGUCGGAAACUAUGCUCGAGAACAGCCUAGAGCAAAUGAAUCUCGAGGACGCGCAGACACCCCAACGACCGGCGAACACGAGGCUUGGAAGAGGCCCAGGACGAGGAAGAGGAGCCACGCGGAGACAGACGAGGGAUGGCACUGCGCGACGACGCAAUCGGCGCGCCGACCAGUAUUGCGUGCACCUUUUCGAAGCGCCACACAAAGUGACCAUCCCCGAACUGGUGGCGGGUCUACACCCGAUAGAUCUGGAUCGCGAUGUCAUUGACCAAGAGGGCGACACGUUUGGUUUUUAUGCCACCCGCCUGGUCGCGGUCGUGGUCACUCAGAUAUUCUCAUACAUGAUCGACAGUGGCGUUCGAUACGGCUACAUCUGCACCGGGGAGGCUUUCGUUUUCCUUCACAUCCCAAAGGAUGACCCCACCAUUAUUCAAUAUUUCUUGUGUAUCCCGAAUCAGGAUGCGCAGGCGGAUGUGCAGGCGGAUGAUGAAGUGCGCCUCCACCGGACCGCCAUCGGUCAGGUGCUUGCGUUCACGCUUCAAGCGCUGGCCGUCGAACCUCCGACUCAAGAAUGGCACGAUGUGGCACACGACCAGCUAACAACCUGGAAGGUCGAAUAUCUUGACGUGUUGAGAAAAAUUCCCGAAACUCUCCGUAAAGACCCGCCGGCGUCUGAUUAUCGGCCCUCUCACUGGAAACCAGAUCGGAAAAUACACAACACACGCGCUCGCGCUCGCGUUCCCGCGCGUUGUCAACCGGGCGCACCUACACCGAAGCACUCGUCCACUGAAGGCAGCGGCAGUGAUCAAGAAUCGCAUUCGCCAUCUACCGCAGUCGCGUCGCGCAUCCGACCGAGCCGCGGCCAAGGCAACCACCGCCAGUCAACCCGGGGAGGUGAAGGAACACGAGCCGGCCGACACCACAAACAGACCUCUCGAAAAGACGGGCCUUCUACGCGACCAUACUGCACCAUUGCGUGCAUCCGCGGCUUGACUAACCGAGAACCACUGGAUAAAAGUUUCCGCAACUGGAAACUCCACGGUGAUCGGGAGCUUGGCUUCGAACAGCUGCACGUGUGUGGUCGGACAGGAUAUCUCAUCAAAGCCACCCUCCUUUCCUGCGGAUACACGGUGAUCAUGAAAGCGACGACUGUGGAGAAGCAGCAUCGCCUUCAAACGGAAGUGGACAAUUACCACCGGCUCCGGAACUUGCAGGGACAAUACAUCCCUGUCUGUCUUGGGGACUUUAAGCCUCGCGUUGCAUAUUGGUACCACGGCAAGCUAAUGGCGCAGAUGAUGAUCUUGAGCUGGUCUGGAACGCGGCUUCAGCAUGCCGUCCAUGAUGGGAAUUCCCGCUUCUUUCAGCAAGAGCGCGACAGAGCUCUGGCCGUGCUCCGGUCGCGUGGAGUUAUCCACUGCGACAGUGAGUGGCGUAAUAUGCUGUGGGAUGACCUGAGUCGCCGCUUGGUUGUCAUUGACCUGGAGGAUGUGAAAUGGUUGAAGCGCGCUAGGGCCCUUGAAUCCGUCUCUGCGAAUAUGCGGCGAAGUCGUUGCGGCAGAGCGAUGAAAUAUAAACCCGGCUUGGAAAGAGUGGACAUUCCGCAACACGGCAGUACCUUAAGCUUGUAACAGUGUGAUCGGAAACGUUGCAAAGCAUUCCGCCACAAGACGUCGUGGCUUUAACUUACACCGAGUACUAAAUACACAUUUUGCAACACGAACCCUACAUGUUG